UCUAGUUAACACUUGCCUGCUUUUCUACAAGAGCGCCGGAGUUUAUGAAAGAUUUUAUAUGAAAUAUAUAUUUCCAUAAUUAGGUUUUUCAAACCCUCGAAACUUCUCAAUUUUUAUGCCUCCCAAAGAAAUCCUGCCCGGUAGACUUUUCUGGUAUAUUAAGUUUUGACUUUAUCCCCAUGAGACAGCAGUGAACAUAGUACAGAAGAUUAACGCUCAGAAUUCCUGAAUCAUACUUCAUAUUUGUUUCAAUCAUUUGUCUCUGAGAGAUUUUAUGCCUAUCAAAUACAUGGAAGACCUUUGAUGCUGUGGUUGGCGAUGUGACUAUACUUGCCACCCGUUCAAAAAAAGUGGAAUUCACACUGCCAUAUGCCGAGUCGGGAUUGGUGAUAAUACAAGCAAGGCCUAAAGAACCUCACAAGGCAUGGAUGUUCCUGAAGCCUUUCACCAUGGAAAUGUGGGUAGUCACAGGUGCCCUCUUGAUCUACACCAUGUUCAUAGUUUGGGUACUGGAUCGUACCAAUCCAAUAAUCCAGCAUUCAGAGGCCCAUGGAAGAGUCAGCUCGGGACUGCUCUUUGGUUCACCUUCUCUUCUCUUUUCUUUGCUCAUAGGGAGACAAUUCGUAGCAAUAUUACUCGAGUAGUGAUAGUGGUGUGGCUGUUUGUAGUCUUCGUUUUAACCUCGAGCUACACUGCUAGUCUCUCUUCAAUGCUCACUGUCCGACGACUUGAACCCAAUGUGAUGGAUAUCGAAUGGCUAAAAGCUACUAGGUCUGUGGUUGGUUGUGAUGGUGCUGCAUUUACGAGGGAAUACUUAGAGAACGUGUUUAAAUUCGAAGGAGCUGAUAUCAAGAAUAUUAGCAACCAAUACCAAUAUCCUGGCGAAUUCCAGAGUGGGAACAUGUCAGCUGCCUUUCUUCAACUUCCUUAUGCAAAAGUUUUCACCAGCCAGUUCUGCAAGAAUUACACUGCCGGCCAACCCCUCAACAGAUUUGGAGGAUUAGUCUUUGUGAGUAGUAACUGGAACUCUUCCCCAUUUGCAUUCUCUAAAAUUUUCUGCAACUUCUCUUAACACAUGUAUGAAGUGGCCCAAACUGAUUUGUUGAUGCCCUUUUCCCCCAAAGAAAAUUGUCCCAUCCCUUGACUGGUGGUAGGAAUUGAAUUAGUUGAACCAUUGCUCAGUGGAGUAGGAUAGCAUAUGGAAUUCUUUUAGCAUUGUCACAAUGAAAUUAGCUUUGGUCAUGUCAUCCUUGUUGAUCUCCAUGCAGGCCUUUCAGAAAGGCUCUCCAUUAGCUGCUGAUGUUUCUGAAGCCAUCCUAACCAUAUCUGAGAAGAGGAUUCUAAAAGCAUUAGAAGAAAAGUGGUUUCCUUGUUCUGCCGAGUGUUCAGCCACCGAAAAUGAUGAACUGAGCCUCGGGAACUUCUGGGCUCUCUACCUUUUAUGUGGCGCCACUUCCACCCUCUACAUUGUACUGUUCUUCCUUCGCCUGCUCAUCGAUUUUAAUCGUAAACAGCCAUCCAGAAGUGAUGAAAGUGUCUGGAUGAAGACUGUUCAAUUAGUACAUUUCUUUCAUAAUGGACAAACUGAGAUUCCUAAUGAAAGACUGUCAAAUUUGUCUUCUCGUUCCACUGGAGAUGAAUGGAUCUCUGCAAGGUGGUCAACAGUGAGCCCUUCUGAUGCCCGGAGCCUCUUGAGGCCUCUCCACCUACUGCGACUAUGAACUCAAGGGUGAGCCCUUCUGAUGUGCCGGAGUCUCUUGAGACUUCUCCCCCUACUGCAACCAUAUACACUCAAUAGAGACUAGCUGUUGAGUUUAUGUACUACUAUUUUAC